AUGCGCCGCAUCGCCGCCGUCUUCGCCUCACGGCGCACUGACAAGUCGGACGCAACCUCUUCUCACCGCGACGACGCCUCCACCCAGCACGCACAGGCCACCGUCGAUGCUGCCCAAAAGCAACAGCAGCUGCUCCGCCCAAAGGCUCGCUUUUUCCGCACCAUCUCCCGCCGCGCACCGGCUCUCUCUAGCCCCCACAUCUCCACAGAGCCCGCCUCGUCGUCGUCGUCCAGCGCAGGCCCUCCCACCCCAGACGACGAUGCUCGCAGCCUCCACCCAGACCGCGUGUAUCUUCAGCCCUUCCCGGACAAGGCCCCGCCUGCAGAGCCCACUGCCGUCCGCGCACAGGCGAGCUCUAUGAUCCCAUCUCAGUCGCGCUCUGCCCUGACCGCGUCCCAGAGUGCGUCCGCAAUUGCCGCCGUCGGGCCGGCGCGCUCAGCGCUCGCCCACCUCCUGCCGCACCCUCGCCUCCAUCUGAACGACACCGACGACGACACGUCCGACAGCGGCGACUCUGAGCGCUACGCGGAGCCACCGCCGCGCGCGCGCACCGCCCAGCCGUCGGCAACGCCAGUAGCGCGCGUCCCGCCGCUGCCUGCGGUUGUGCGGCAGGAGACGGCACGCGCGCGGCCGCUCACGGCGAUGGAAUACACCCGCGCGCUCGCGCAGAAUGCGCUCUUGCCACCGUUUGCGCCACCGCCGACCCUGCACGUCUCCGACGCACCGGUCUUCCCGCGCUCCUGCAACCUGCACUCGGUGCUGCAGUCCGCACCGCGGUACGACGGCGACGCGCUGCUCCCCCAGCUGUUCCAGAGGCGCAUAUUGCACCGCCUUGCCGUGCCUGGCGCUGACACACGCGCCCUCGCGCCGUUCGCGCGCCGCGGCAAGGCGCCUGCCGCGCGCGGGCCGACGCUGGUGCUCGACGACACCGCCGUGCCGAAAGCAUUCGCGCGAGGCGUGCGCCGGUACAGCGAGGGGCUCCUGCGCUGGAUAGAGCGUCCGUGCUUCGAGGAUCGGUUUGCGGUGUACCUCCCCAGAGACGCGGCGGAGCAGGAACACGGCGAGGACGCGGUGGUAGACGCGGCGGAUCGGGAACACGGCGACGACGCGGUGGUGUGUGUCCGCGUGUCCGGGACUGGGCUCGGCGUCGCCGAGCUCGAAUACAGCGAGGCGCUCGAGGCGCUCGCGGGGGUAUUCGCUGAUGAGGACGAGGAUGCCGCGGUAGGCCACGGCGACGGCGCGGCACGGGCGCCGGGAGCAGGCGCAAUCGCAUCCGCAGAUUCCUCGCCGCUUGGAGCGGGCGUGCCGUUCCCCCGUGGGGCUGCCGCAUCACAAGAAUCCCCACCUCUGGCCUCGCUAGCUAACGCGGCUCCAACGCUCAAGCCUCAGCGACAACAGUCAUCAUCGUGGCCUGCGCUGAACGUGGAGAUCGACACAGGCGGGCCCUUGCUCAAUUUCAGCGCGCCGGACCUCACGCCGCCGUUGUCGGCGUCGGCCUCUCUCCUGGGUAGCCCGGCGUCAACAGGCCCGCCGACGCCCACGGGGGGCGUGCCUGCCGUGGGGAAGACUCAGCUGCCGGCGCAGCCUCAAGGACAAGGACAGGCAGCAGCGUCGCCCGGCCGCACGUCCAAGCCUGCCGUGCGCUUCGUGGACACGCCGAAGGAGCGGCGGGAGGCCGAUGACACGUCGGACGGGAGCGCGGACGGGCGGCGCGACAACAUCCCGCUGGGGUACGUGCAGCGCAUCAAGCAGCAGCGCCUCGAGAAGGCCAAGUUCCUCGCGGCGGAGAAGGUGCGGCGCGCGCACGCGGACCAGGCGCAGCGCCGGGCCGAGCGCGAAGAGGAGGAGCGGCGCCGUGUGGAGAGCCGCGAGCGGGAGGAGGAGCGGAGGCGCAGGAUGUAUGCGGAGGAGGUCGCCGCGGCGCGCAGCCGGCGCGAGAGCCAGCGCUUCAUCCCGCCGGCGCUCGUGGGCCCGGGCGGCGUGGGCAGCGGGCCGGCGGAGUGGGACAAGGGCAGGGAGCGCGAGCGGGACAGGCACGAUAGCGCGGGGGGGAGGGGCAGGGGGCGGGAAAAGCAGGCGGAGAGGGAGGAGACGUUUGCGCGCCCGGUGUACGAUGGGCGCAGGCAGAGCUCGUCGCCCGCCCCACCACCAGCGCCACUGCCGUCCAAUAACAGCGCGCGCAACUCGUCGCCCGCCCCACGGCCGCCGCCGUCCAACAACAGCGCGCGCAAUUCGUCGCCUGCGCCGAGCGGGAGCGGGAGCCAGAGCCAGAGCCAGCGCGACUCAUCGGCACACUCGCACCUUGCGCCGCCCGGUGCGCUCACGGCGUCCGUGCGCUCGUCCUCCGCGCCCGACGUGCGUCCGCGCGAGAACAGGGCCGGGAGCGUCGGUGCGGCGAACCGCGCGUCGAUGAUCUCGGAUGCGGGGAAGCCGCGCACGGCGAGCUUCGGGUCGACGCCGCCGCCGCAGUCGAUGUGGAUGGCGAGUCCGGGGCAGGGCAUGCCUAUGAACGGCAUGAACAGCAUGGGCAACAUGAACGGCAUGAACAUGGCCAUGAACAUGAACCGGAUGAGCAUGAACAUGGGCAUGAUGGGCGUGCCGAUGAUGGCGGUGCCCGUGCCCGUGCCCGUCCCGGUGCCUGGGUACGGGAUGCCGGUGGGCAUGGGCAUGGGCAUGGAGCCGCUCCUCCCGCCGACGCCGCCGUUCGUGAUGCAGCAGUUUGGCUACCGCCCGCCGUCGCAGCAUAGCCAGAACGCGGGCCAGGGCCAGAGCCAGAGCAGGGAACAUAGCCGCAGCUCGAGUCCGGGCCGUAGUUCGGCGCAGAGCCAUACAUCUCCAGCCCGAGCCGCCGCAAAACCGAAGCCACAGCUCCUCACCGACCGCCCAGCGUGGGCCUCGAGAAGCGGCGUUCCCGCCGAGUUCCAGCCGGGCGGCGGUCAUGGCCAGCCAAGGUCAGAGCCACAGCGCGCGCAAGGAGUCCUCGCCCUCGCCGCGUUCGCCGCGCGACUAUACCCACCAACGCCGCUCGAGCGCCGACGCCGACCUUCAUCGCAUGUCCCAGUCCAUGAGCCCGCCUACAUCUGCGGCCAGGAGCGAGCACCGCCGGGAGACGGACGACCGCCGGCGCGUGCACUCGUCGACCGCCUCGCCCCAGCAGCGGCCGUCGCCGCACCACUCCUCGACAUUGCCGCCAGCCGUGCCGACGUCCCCGCCUGUUGUGGUCAGCGAGCCGCGCAGCUCGUGGGCGAUCCCGUCGUCUGGCUUCCAGAUCCUGAGCAGGCCGGCGCAGCCGCGGAGGCAGACCAUGAUCUCAUGACACUCGCCCUGACGGGCAUCUCUCUUAAAUUCUUUGGGCCGGCGUGCUCGAAGAGUGUGACAUAA